GUUUUUAUAUAAAAUUAACUUAAGGUUUUGGCAUCUUUCACCUCAUUAUACAUACGUAUACUUUGCCUGCGUUUUUCAGCCACAUCCCCUUUUGAGGAAAUGAACUUGUUCACCAUACAAGCUUGACAUAUUUCUUUGUUUCUCUGCAUUUUGUGGAUAGUAAAUGUCAGAACGAGGUUGUUAUGAAUCACUGACAGGCAGUUGGCUUCCUCACACUUUAGGAUUACCUAAUGCAAAGUGUUGAGUGACAACAAAAUGUUACUCCCACCACUUUAUUUGGUAUCACCCAACAUAUAGAAGUCCUAGAGUAAAAAAAGAAACCUGCUAUUGCUUCAGUAUCAAAAAAGUAGCAAAUUGCAAAUUUCAUACAUAGCCUGAUGAUUUUAACUUUGCAGCAUGCACAUGUCCUCGUGCAACAGGAGAGCUCAGCAGUGAACAUGGCCUUUCCCAAGCCCUCCCUCCUGCGGGCCCUGAGUAUGCUGCUCUUGGCCUCAGUAUUGGUGCGGUGCCAGGCCCCUCUGGAACAAGUGGAAGAGGAAGAACCAAUAAUGGAGACUGACAUUGCAAAGUUGGCGACACAAUCUCAGCCUGUCCAGUGUCCACCAGACUGUAGCUGUACAUCAGAGGAGGCAGUGGACUGCGCUGGAGUCGACCUCACAGAGUUUCCAUCCGAUUUGUCAGAUAAAAUCAGUCGCCUCUCGCUGCAGAACAACAAAAUCAAGCAGUUAACAGUGGAGCACAUUUCCCAUCUGUAUCAGCUUGAGACCCUCAACCUUCAGAACAACUGGCUCACUACAGAUGGCCUUGAAGAGGAAGGUUUCGAGAUGCUGGAAGAGCUGGCUUAUUUAUACUUGGCGAAUAACAAGCUUACUUCAGCACCAAAGGUCUUACCCCCCUCUUUGGUUAGUGCUGAUUUUGCUGCGAAUGAGCUUUCAAAAAUCUACCCAUUUACCUUUGGCCAUAAACCAAAACUGAGGUCUGUCUAUCUCCAUAACAACAAGCUGACUGAUGCAGGGCUUCCUGAUCACAUGUUCAAUGCUUCUGACAAUCUGGAGAUCCUGACAAUGUCAAGCAACUUCCUGCGGGUUGUACCCAAGAACCUGCCCUCCAGCCUUUAUCGUCUUCAUCUAAAGAGUAAUAAGUUGGAGAAAAUCCCAGCGGGGGCUUUUGACAACUUGCAAAAUCUAAGAGAGUUGUAUCUCCAGAACAAUCUGCUCAGCAAUGAGGGCAUUGACAACGAGACUUUCAGCCAACUGAACAGCCUGGAGUGCCUGGAUUUGUCAAAUAACAAUCUGAGCGUCGUCCCCAAGGGUCUGCCUCGCAAUCUAGUGCUGCUACACCUGGAGAAGAAUUCCAUCCGCAGCAUCCCUGGAGACGCUCUUACCUCUGUCCGAAACCUUGAGUACUUGCUUCUCCACAAUAACAACAUCCGCUCCCGGUCCAUCCACCCAGCUGCCUUCCAGGGUUUAAAGAAGCUGCAUACUCUACACAUGUAUAACAAUUUGCUGGAGCGGGUUCCCCGGGGCUUGCCUCGACGGGCCAAGACCCUAAUGCUGCUCCACAACUCGAUUUCUGAACUUGGCCGGAACGACCUGGCCCUGCUUUACACCCUAACGGAGCUUAAUCUUAGCUACAACAAGCUGACCAACCAAAAUGUUCACAGAGAUGCCUUCAGGAAGCUGCGCGAUUUGGAAAGACUGGACCUGUCGGGGAACAACUUUCACUCCGUGCCCCUGGGUCUUCCGCGCAGUCUGCAGGUGCUAGAAAUCAAGAACAAUCAGAUCAACUCUAUUCCUGUUGGUGCACUGACGGGCAUGGAGAAGCUACAAAAGAUCAUCCUGAGUCACAACCAGUUGAAACUGAACUCAGUCUACCAAGGAGCUUGGAUGGAGCUCAGUGUGCUCACAACGUUAGAUCUGUCUGCCAACCAGCUGUCGCACAUCCCCUCGGACCUUCCUGAGACUCUGGAGUAUCUUCACCUAGAGAGUAAUCGCAUCUCCACUGUUCCUGCUUCAGCAUUCGAAGGCACUCCGAACAUCAAAGGCAUCUUCCUCCGGUUUAACCGCCUGUCUGUGGACUCUGUGGAUGAGAGCUCUUUCGCCCACCUGUCCAACUUGCAAGUGCUGGACAUUGGCACAGCAAACACUGACCUUUCCUUUAAAAGAGACGACAUGGAGGGCGAUAUGAUGAUGGAGGAGGAGCAAGAAACAUAAGAGACGCUUACUUAAACGAGACUUGAUUGUGUGAAGGAAAGAAAUAUUAUCUAAAUGGGAAUGAACCUGUGAAUGUAAUUUUCCUGGUUCAUUAUCAUAUUGUGCUGAGUGGCAGAGUCACAUGUUUCUGGUGCAGGAUACCAGAUGAAGUUACUUUAGUUUCCAUUGUAUGGGCUGGUUAGUAUAUCUUUAUAUCUGAGCUUUCAUAUUGUAUUGACUGUUGCCGUACAACAUCUUUCUAUCGUCUACAUUUUGUUAUUCUGCUUUAUUCUGAAAAUAAUCUAUUCACGAAGGUCUGUGGGAAUUUUCCUUUGAAAAUGCCUCUGUAUCAAAAUGAUAUAUUAGGUUGCAACUUUAAGCAGAUGUUGAUACUUUGUGCAUCUUAAUGCAUACUUUCAUUUUGUUGAUGGCUGUCCCUUCCCCCUGGCUUACUCAAUUGAUUUUACUAGAAAUACUGUGAAACUAUUUGUGUUUUAACAAGAAUAUAUGCCAGAUAUGCGGUUGGACUCCCACUGAAACCAACACACCCACAGUAGCUGUUGAAUGAAACACUGCAAGUCUCAAACAUGACUUUAUUUCAAAUUGAAUGAGUAAUCUAUUGGUUAGUUAAUUUGAAGCAGUGAAUCAAUCUCUCGAGCCUGAGGUGAUUUCAUUAUAUCACCCCUCCAAAAGUCUUCAGUAUUCAAUUCAUUAUGAUAUAAAUAGAAAAGAAAAAUAAUAGAGCAAAAUAUUACAUUAGAGAACCUUUAAAGUAACAUCCUUAAAUGUGUCAGUACAAUAAAUACUUAUAUAUACAUGUUUAUACAUUUUUAUAUAAUAUUCAGUAUAUAGGCACUGUAAUCCUUAAAAGUUCAGUGUGUUAGAUUUCUAGCGGUGGUGUUGCAUUUGCAUCUUUCCUGAAUACCCCAGAGACUUAACCCCACUCCAAGCCUGUAGGAGAAGGAAAGUCAAAAGGAAAAACAAAUAUGAAAGGUCCUUUGUGGAACCUGUGUCCAGUUUGUUUGUUGUGGGCUACUGUAGAGACAUGGCCGGCUACUUGGAAGAGGACCCACACCUGAUGUAGAUAGAAAGGUCUCAUUCUAAAGUAAUGAAAUGCAAUAAUUCUUAGUUUUAGGGAUUUUACAGACAUGAAAACAUCUGUUGAUACAUCCUCCUAAAUCCUACACACUGGACGGUCAAGAUAAAGUGGUUAUGGUUACUGGCAGUUUUAAUUUCUCAGGUGGGAUACACUGCUCCAAAAGAUCACAGAGCAUAAUGCCUAAACAUCCUGAUGUGUUGCACAAUGCAGUACAACCAAGACUGUUAACUGCCCUUCUUAAUCUUUCAAUAGAUUAAAAGAUUGUGACAUCA